AUGGAUGCGAAAGGUCUGUCCGGGCUGCACUUUGCUGGCUGUUCCAUGCUUCCAGACCCUAACCUGCGAACACUCGUUGACACGAAAGGCGACAAAAAGCAAAACCCAUCGGAAGCCCGUAUUGCGAAGCUCGAGGGUACACUCGGUCAACUAGUCUCGAUGCUCCAGGCGGGCAAUGUCCACGGCGAAAGAGUUGAUGAAUGGUCGCAGCAGCAGCAGCAAUCACCACCGCAACAACACCAGCAACAUCAGCAACAACCACCACCACCUCCAAUCAUUCCAUACCCAGACGUGGCUGCAGAAGGGACCGAAGGAAGCGGCGCUAUGGAGGACUCGCGGUCCGGUUUUAUGGAAGAAGACGACGAGGAUACCGACAGCGACGCCGUCCGUGCCUCUGCUUCUUGGUGGGGUAUGGACAAUGCGAACGCGUUUAGCGCCAACGGCAUGCCCGUCGACACCCCCCCAUCCUCGACCAUGUCGGGCGCGUUUAUGUCGCCCGCUCUAUCUCCGUCCUCGGUACCUCCAUCCUCAGCAUCGAUCUCUAUAGACACAUUCUGCUCGCGUAUGCUGCAUCAUUUCCCGUUUGUUCAUUUGCCUGCCUACCUCACGGCCGAGAAACUACGAUUAGACCGGCCGUUCCUGUUUCGCGCCAUUAUUUGUGUGACAUCGGUAUCAGCUAAGGACAAGAUGGCAAGCUCCCUCGAGCUGAAGCGUGUACUCUAUGAGGCGGCAUUUCUUCAACGGUUGCCACAGCAGAAACAGCAGCAACCACAACAAACUGUGGAUCUGCUGUUAGGCCUCCUUGUCUAUAUUGCGUGGGGAUGGGAGCACCUGCGUAGCAAUCACAGCUUGCCUCGUCUCAUGGCAAUGGCUAUAUCGUUGGUCGGCGAGUUACGUUUUCUGGAUCAAGCUGUACCAGAAAUCUCGCGCACAAUAAGUCACCUCGAACCGAACGGUGGGUUCGACAAUGUGUAUGGCAUCACGCCAGCGACUACCGCGACGACAACACCGACAACCGGCGCUGGGGUGACUGAUACACAGCUCUAUCUCGAGCGCCAGCGAGCCAUUCUAGGCUGCUUUGUCCUUGGCUCGGCCGUCUCAGCCUAUUUCUGCCAGGUUGAGGCGCCCCGGUGGACACCUCAGAUGGACGAGGCACUUGCUGCCAUUGUUGCCAGCGGCAAUAGUGCCGGCGCAGAAUGUCCAUCUGAUGCUGCCCUGGCUAUUCAGGUCCGCCUACAGCUCCUCGCCACGAAGGCCGCCGAGGUCAGGGAGCGAGCCCAACUCCCCGACCACCCUCCACCGGAGACUCUUUCGCCUCAAUCUCUCCUGUACAUCAAGGCGCUGAUGGGGCAGCUACAGGAGCUCAGGGCGUCUGUCCCCCCUGCAUUCCAACAACACUUUCUCCUUCUAGCUCAGACGUACUACACAGAGAUGUGCAUUAUCGAGACCAUCCACAUCCAGCAAUCCGCGCGCCCGCCACCGCCAAAAUGUGGGCCUACGCGCAUCUCCUGCUUUUGGCAGUCAGCACUCGCGAUUAAGUCGUGCACAUCAACCUUCCUGACUCUCUCGCCGUCUGGACUCCUUGGUAUUUCCUUCAUCCAAUGGGCUCAGCUAGUACGGUGCGUGGCCACCCUGCACCAACUAAGCACGCUCCGGGAGAGUGGCUGGGAUCCAGCCACUGUGCGAAGGCUCGUCGAUCUGCCCGUCUUGUUAUCAUGCACGGCAGACAAGCUGGAGCUCGCUGCUGCUGAAGCUGGUGAACAACCGGCGUCAGCCGACGGCGUAUUCAUGCAAUUGGCCCGCGGCCUACGCAUGUUCCAAUCGUCAUAUCACGAUAGAGAACUGUUGAGUCAACAGGAAGAGGCAUAUAGAGCAAAGGAAACGGGUGAUGGAGUAGAAAACAGAGCGGAUAUGACUAUGGCUCCAGUCACGACUACGGAAGGAGAUACAGAUGCGUUGGCAAAUAGUCAACACGCGGGAUACUUGAUGAGUCCGACGUUAUGGUUAGAGGAGAUUUUUGUUGGUUAUGAAGAUCAGUCGAUACCUACCAUGUAG